AUGUACAAACUCAUUGCUUUGGCAUUGAUUGUUUCAUCUGUAUUUGCUGUUCAAAAGGACACUAAAACAAUUUUGGCAGAAAUAGACGCUGACAACUUUGGUAACACUAUUCUCUCAACUGUCCAAAUGUAUUUACAAUCAAAAGGAAAUGCUGAAGAAAUCUUAGUGUUACUUAAUCAAGUCUUGGCUGGAUUGGUUGACGAUUAAAACAAACAUGACAACGUUAUUAGAGUUGAUAGAGCAGCCUGCACACGUAUUGUUACAGAUUUAGAAAACUCUAUUGCUUAUCAUACAGCUUAAGUAUCUGCCAAUGCUUAAAUGAGAGAAGAUAAUGAAAAGGCUUUGGCUGAAGCUGAAACUGAUGUUAGAUAAACUAUAUAAGUAAUAAUAAUAUAAUAUAAUUAAAAGGAUAUUGAAAGUAAUGAAAGAACAUAUGCUUAAGAGGAAGCUAAUAGAAAUAAAGCUCAUGAAACUUGGGUUAGAAAGAAUGGUGAACAUGAUGAUGCUAUUGCAGCUGUUGAUGAAGCUACCAAAUUAGUCUAACAUCUUUCUUUGGGUGCAACAUUUGCUGAACUUAAACCAAAAUUUGAAGCUGUAUAAAAGAGAUUAAUUGAAAAUGAAAGUCAUGGUGCUCUCUUUUAACCUAUUGUUACUGCCUUAACUGAAUUAGCUACUAAGGUUGAUCAAAAGGCAAUUCAAAGAAUUCUUUAAUUACUUUCAUAACUUAGAUAACAAUUAGUAGAAGCUAGAUCUGUUUUGGAAGUAAUGAAAUGUUAUAAUUUUAGGAUACUGAAAAUAGAUAAGCUUAAAGAUGGGUUGAAUUUUCAACACAUUUGAGUAAUGAACACAAUAGAUUGGUUGAUAGAAAGAAUUAAUUAGAAUAAGCAAUUCAAACAUUCAAGACUAAUAUUGAUACUGCUACUCAUUUCUAUGAAGUUCAUCAAGUAAAUUAAUAUAUAAUAUAUAUAUUUCUAGUUGGAAUUAGAAUAAGCUCAAGAAACCUUAGAUGCUGAACAUGAAUGGUGUGAUCUUUAAGAAAACACUUAUAGUGUUUAAUCUACUGAGAGAACAAGAUAAUAAGAAAUCGUUGAGAGAAUAUUGGAGCAUUUGACUGAAAAAUUAACCGCAACAUCCCAAUACCUUGGUGGUAGAUUCUGAG